AUGGUACACACUGUUGCCCUCCUCGCACCCAACGGAAAUGUCGGUUCGGCGGCUCUCAGACACCUACUCCCUGCUCACAAGGCGGGCAAGCUGAGUUUGGUUAUUCUACAUCGUCCAGGUAGCCCGCCAAAAGACCUUGACUUGGGUUCAGGCGUGGAAGUACGUGAGAUUGAUCUCGAGGGCCCCACCGAAAAGGUUCAAGAGGCCGUCCGUGGGGUGAAUGCGGCAAUCUCGGCUCUUCCCAUGUCAGCCAUCCACUUGCAGAUAAACCUUGUGCGGGCCUUAUCGAAGACCCCUGGAUUCAUCACCUUGAUUCCUGCUAGGUUCAGCAUUCCCUUAAGUGAUGAUGAUUAUCCUCACCUUCCUUUCAUGGAACCUUUUAUGGAGACUGAGAGCAUUGCUGAGGAGCUCGGUGUGGGUAUCACCCACGUAUGGACUGGGUCUUUCAUCAUGUCUUUUAAGUUUGGAUGGUUGGGAACCAAUUUACAAGAGAAUAAGAUCGUGGCAAAUACCAACCAGUUAAAGAAUUGGACUCCGAUCACAACCAUGGAACACCUAGGUGCCGUGCUUGCAAGCCUGCUGGCUCGAGACCCAGCCGAUAUUGUGGGCAAGAGCUUCUCCGCUGUUACGUUCCGCCCUUCCGGCAAAGAUCUGGUCGAUGUCUUCACACAGAUUAACAAUGGAGAACCUACCACGGUAGUGGAUCAGAAGCCCGAGGAUCUAGAGCUACUGUUACAGGACAUCAAAGGCCUCGGUGCUUUCAUGGGCGUGUACAUGCGGCAUUGGGACCGAGGAGACCUCGAGUUUCCGGGAAUCAUCCCUGCCCCUGACGGAAUAUCGUUGCGCCACGAGUUCGAAAACCUGUAG